AUGGCGAAGAGUCGGAAAUGGAGUUGGUCGUGGCAGGCUGCUGCUCCUUCAUCUCCACGUCCUGAGCCAUCGUUGCCAAAGCCUUCUAGAACACCAACCCAUGAACUCGAUCACUUCAUAAUCCCACGCGCAAAGGAUGUCAUCUACCUAUAUACGCCAAUUCCUUCGCGACCCCAAUGUGGUCCCCAGCUAUUUAGUACCUCACAGUAUGGCUCGUUGCUCAUAGAACCAAAUCCCGUAAGAACACAUGUGCGUAACGAGAGAGCACCGUCUUCGUCAUACAGAGUAUCUGCGGGCAACAACUCAUCCGCCCCGAGCUCAGCAAGGCCCGCUCUGAACAUUAUAGACGCGAGGAGUGGACAGCGUCGGAUCCGCGUCUCAGGGAGUCAUGGUCGGUGUUUUCGACUUCUGUGUCAAAUUCAUCCGCGCCAGUACCUUGUGAAAUCUUCACUAUAG